AUAUGGCCGCCUAUUUGCUAAUCGUGGUGGCUCAUUACUGAAUAAAAAAAUAUUAAUUAUUAGUGUCGUAAACGAAGCUGAGUAACGUUAGAGUUAGUGAUAUUACGUAAUAAUAUACCACGAAUUGAUAUAGUGCAGGAUAUAAAAGUCGAAUGUGUUAUUAGUGUUAAGUGGGUGUCGGUUUUGUAUUGUGUGUGUAGGGCAUGUCGUUUCCGCCGCGGCCGCCCCUCGUGCCGUACGGGCACGGGUUGCCGCCGGGCGUAGUCACCAUGCCGAUGGCAACGCACGUGAUGGUCGGCGCCUACGGCGGCGUGGGCGCGCGCGCGGCGCUGCUGCAGGCACCGGCGCCCGCCAGCAGCGUGGCCAACAGCUCCAGCAAGGCAGUCAUCUCCCGCCCACCCACCAGGGCCAAUGGGGCCCGGGAGAAUGAUCCCCCACCCAUCACUGUCUUUAUAGGUAACAUCACAACGCGCGCCCCGGACGCGAUGAUGCGCGCGCUGCUGGGCGCCUGCGGGCCCGUGCUGUCUUGGAAGCGAGUCGGCACCUUCGGCUUCUGCGAGUUUGCGUCGCCCGAGGCCGCCUUGCGGUGUGUGAGGUUGUUGCACGAGCGGCCGCUUGCUGAGAAGAAGUUACUAGCGAGGACUGAUGGGAAGAUGCAGACGCUCGUGGAUAACUACAAGACGGAGCAGCGUUCCCGGAUCGGCGCGGCGGAGGGCGGCGAGUACCUGGACGCGCGGCAGCGGGCGCUGGACGAGGCGGCCUCCAGGAAGCUGGCGCAGGUCAUGAAGGACUACCAGGAGGACAUCGCUAACUACGAGCAGCUGCAGCAAGAGGAGGCGAUCUCCAAGACGGCGCGUGCGCUAGAGGAGGCGGACAUCUCGGAGGAGAAGCGUGACGUCAUCCACCGCGAGAUUGGCAAGUUCCGAGAGAGCAUGAAGGACGAGGCGGAGGUGGUGGUGCGCCGCAAGCGCGACAAGGACCCCAAGGACGACAAGGACAAGGACAGGGACAAGGAGCGCGAGCCGCGCGACCGAGACCGAGACCGCGAGAGAGAGCGGGACCGAGACCGAGAGCGGGAGCGGGAGCGGGAGCGGGAGCGGGACAGGGAUAAGGAUAAGGACAAGGAUCGGCGCAGGAGGAGUUUGUCCAGGAGCAAGGAACGUCGCGACGACCGCGACAAGGAGCGCGAGCGGGAGCGGGACAAGGAGCGCGAGCGGGAGCGAGAGGAGCGCGAGCGGGAGCGAGAGCGGGAGCGCGAGAGGGAGCGGGAGAGGGAGGUGCGCGAGCGAGAACGAGAGCGCGAGAUCCGGGAGCGGGAACGCGAGAGGGAGCGGGACAGAGAAAGAGAACGUGAACGCGAGCGCUCCCGCGACCGCGACCGCGACCGUGAUCGCGACCGCGAGCGCUCGCGCGACCGAGGCCGCGGCGAGGCCGAGUCGCGCCGCUCCAGGGAGCUCGAGGAGGAGGCCAAGGAGAAGAAGCGGCUCGAGAAGAAGGCCAAGGAGAAGGAGGCCGCCUACCAGGAGAGGCUGCGGCUGUGGGAGGCGCGCGAGCGUCGCAAGCACGCCGAGUACGAGAAGGAGAAGGAGAGGGAACGAUGCAAGGAGGAGGAGAGAGAGAGGGAGGCCAAGCGGCUCAAGGAGUUUCUAGAAGAUUACGACGACGAGCGGCUCGACCACAAGUACUACCGCGGCAAGGAGCUGCAGCGGCGGCUGGGCGCCCGCGUGCGCGAGGCGGAGGCCGACGCCCGCGAGCGCGCGCGCGAGCAGGACGAGCUCGCCGCGCUGCGCAAGGCCGUGUGGGGCGAGCGGCCUGCGGGGGAUCCCGCCGCGGCCGCCGCCUUCGCCAAGGCCAAACAAGCGGUGAGUCACUACACCGGCACUAGUGGACAACACACAGGAGCUGCAGCGGAGGCCGACGCCCGCGAGCGCGCGCGCGAGCAGGACGAGCUCGCCGCGCUGCGCAAGGCCGUGUGGGGCGAGCGGCCUGCGGGGGAUCCCGCCGCGGCCGCCGCCUUCGCCAAGGCCAAACAAGCGGUGAGUCACUACACCGGCACUAGUGGACAACACACAGGAGCUGCAGCGGAGGCCGACGCCCGCGAGCGCGCGCGCGAGCAGGACGAGCUCGCCGCGCUGCGCAAGGCCGUGUGGGGCGAGCGGCCUGCGGGGGAUCCCGCCGCGGCCGCCGCCUUCGCCAAGGCCAAACAAGCGGUGAGUCACUACACCGGCACUAGUGGACAACACACAGGAGCUGCAGCGGAGGCCGACGCCCGCGAGCGCGCGCGCGAGCAGGACGAGCUCGCCGCGCUGCGCAAGGCCGUGUGGGGCGAGCGGCCUGCGGGGGAUCCCGCCGCGGCCGCCGCCUUCGCCAAGGCCAAACAAGCGGUGAGUCACUACACCGGCACUAGUGGACAACACACAGGAGCUGCAGCGGAGGCCGACGCCCGCGAGCGCGCGCGCGAGCAGGACGAGCUCGCCGCGCUGCGCAAGGCCGUGUGGGGCGAGCGGCCUGCGGGGGAUCCCGCCGCGGCCGCCGCCUUCGCCAAGGCCAAACAAGCGGUGAGUCACUACACCGGCACUAGUGGACAACACACAGGAGCUGCAGCGGAGGCCGACGCCCGCGAGCGCGCGCGCGAGCAGGACGAGCUCGCCGCGCUGCGCAAGGCCGUGUGGGGCGAGCGGCCUGCGGGGGAUCCCGCCGCGGCCGCCGCCUUCGCCAAGGCCAAACAAGCGGUGAGUCACUACACCGGCACUAGUGGACAACACACAGGAGCUGCAGCGGAGGCCGACGCCCGCGAGCGCGCGCGCGAGCAGGACGAGCUCGCCGCGCUGCGCAAGGCCGUGUGGGGCGAGCGGCCUGCGGGGGAUCCCGCCGCGGCCGCCGCCUUCGCCAAGGCCAAACAAGCGGUGGACGAGCUGUACAAGCCGCGGUUGUUGGUGGACGUGUCGCUGCAGGCGCACCAGCAGCGGCAGCGCGAGGAGCAGCGCGCCAGGGAGAGGGAGGAGGCAAGGAAACAGGCGCGCGAGAAGGCGGAGCGCGAGCGCGAGCGCUACCUGCGCGCCGCCGCCAGCCGCCAGCUGCCCACCGAGGCCGAGCCCAUCGACUCCGACGACAGUGGCGGCGGGCUGGACGCGGCGCUGGCGGGCUCCCCCGACGGCUCCAGCACGCCGCCGCCGCCCGAGCCGGCCCUCCCGCACCCGCCGCACCAGCACCCGACCACCCGCCGCCACAAGCACCACCACCACCACCACGAACACCAUCAAACACCUCAGACGUCGGACGGAGGCACCACGCCGCCGCCUCCCGACCACCACGCACACCAGCACCAGCACGCACACCAGCACCAACGCAGACACGGCGAGACGUCGGCGGGCAGCUCGCCGAUCACCAUCAGUUUCAAAUCCGGCCGCGACGCACACGACGCUCCUCCAGCGGAAAGCGGGUCGGUGGGCGCGGGCGGCGGCAUGCGGCGCCUCGUGCACGCCGCCUUCGCGCCCGACGACGACGAGCCCGACCCGCCCCCGCCCCCGCCACCCUCGCACCCCCACCACCACCGCGGUACGUAC